AUGAACCUUGGCGGUGGCGGUGUUGGUGGUGGUCGUGACGGUGGUGGUGGCGACCGUGGCGGCGGCGGUGGCGGUGGCAAUGGAUCACAACUUGGUGGGGAGGAAACUUCUGGUAGGAGUAGUGGUGGCGGUGAAGGAGGAGGAGGAGGAGGAGGUGGAAGUUGGUCACUGCAGGGGUUUCCACAAGGACAUGAUCCACACUUGAUUUCAGUGUUUGUUGGCUUGGAAAUCAGUGAUUGGUCUAACUUGAUAGAAGAUGUGUUGGCUUCAACUGUAGAUGAAAAUGUAAUGCAGAAAAGGAACAGCAAUAUUGGAAGUUUUUGA